UGUUGUUAUGGUAAUAUUAAGGCGCUGGAAAAGUCAUUUUGCUUGUCCGUUAAGCAAACUUUUUCAUCUUAAAUCAUGUUGUCUCUAACUUUUCUGUGUCUCUUAAUACUGUUGACAUCAUGUUUUUUCACGAUGUCAUCUGCGUCUUAUGGGUCCAUUUCAUUGAUGAUGGACGAAGAAAGUGAUUAUAAAAGUUAUCUUGACCAUUCACCUAGAGAUGUUUCCCUCUGGAUCGAUGAAAAUCAAGUACGUGAAUUUGCCGAUGUUAGAAGUCAAAUUUAUGCUAUAAGAGAGGGUAAAUUAUUACCUUACCUUUCAGAUCCAAACUUUCAAAGUUAUUUACCGACAAUUCCUGCUGAAGUUAUAUCCAUUAAUUUUACUUGGAUGUCAGGGAAUCGAAAGACUUAUCAUUAUUCAUUUGAAGAGCUGAGAUCAUUCAACAGAUCUAUUUUAUUUGAUCCUACAGUCUCAAUAAACAGAGAAGGAAUUAUCCCUGAAGAACCUGGUAUUUUCAAAGUUACUAUUCUUUGUUCUGGGACAGUUCCAGGUGUUUCUUCCUUUGCCAUCUCUUUAGCCAUUACAGAUAACAAUGGUAAUAACCUAGAGGGAACGCCGAUUCGGAUGAGAUUGAAAAAACAAUGUCAUGGUAAACAGUCCAAGGACUCUAACUGCCAUGCCAAGUGUCUUAAUGGGGGCUGGUGUAAUAUGGACUCAAUUUGUGAGUGUCGACGUGGUUAUUUGGGGAAAUUUUGUGAAUCCGCUCUCUGUUAUCCAACUUGUUUGAAUGGAGGAACGUGUAUAGCGCCAGGAGUUUGCAAUUGUACCAAUGGAUUCCAAGGAUUACGUUGUGAGGGUGGUAUUUGUAGAGAGAAAUGUCUCAAUGGUGGUAAAUGUGAUCAAAAAGAUACAUGUACCUGUUCUAGAGGUUAUUACGGUCCACGAUGUGAGUAUUCAAAAUGUUUAAUUCCAUGUUUAAAUGGAGGACGUUGUAUUGGAGUUGAUAAAUGUCGUUGUCGCAAGGGAUUUGCAGGUUUACAGUGUGAAAUAAUUUUAAAUCAGCGAGAUACUGAACAUACUAGGAAAAAGAAAAAGUCAGAUAAAAGGAAAUUUGUUUAACCUCUGUCAAAAUUUUGAAAACCCAAUCUUGAGACAGACCUUCUUUCAUUGUUAUUGCAAAAUGCUAUCAAAACGUAUCCGAAAAUUUUUAUAUAAAGCAAUUUUUAUUGGAAUAAAAUUUGAAAAAAAAUUAAUAUUAGUUGUUUAA